AUUAAAUAUGCAGAAAACUUCUAAAGAAAAGAAAUUGGUUAUCAAAAAGGCCCACAAAAUCAUCCUGAAAAGCAAGAAGAGGAAGAACUACCAGCUUGGGAAAUUCGGCCCGUUCAAAACUAGUAGUAAGAGAUCCAGAAGUAUUUCGAAAAGGAUCCACAAGAUUAAAGUAAUGAAAUAAGAUACCUAUUACGAUUAUUCCGUCUGGGGAUGGAGCCCAGUUAUUAGACAAGCUCAGCAUCAUUGAAUCUAUCUACUGCGAUGUACAAGAAUGUGUGAAAAGAGAAGGAAAUGAUUCAGAAUCAGCUAUGAAUAUAUUUGAUUAUUAUGUGGCCAAGCUUAAUGAGCUCAUGAAGCAAAUGAAUUCUCUCACUGAUCAACAGAGAGUAUCUCAGCUGAAAGACCAAUUAGGAAACGACUCAUGUAAAGAAUUUGUUGGGAGACUAGAGAGCUGACUUAGUAAGAUCAUUGCAAGGAUCGCAGCCAAAGGAUAUAAAGAGCAGUCCAAGGUCAACUUUGCUCUACUUUAUUCCAAUAUUGCUCAAUGAUACCUCCUGAUGGGAAAGUACGAGAUCUGCAUGGAGAAUCUGAACCUGGCUCUUCAGCACCAAAGAGAUAUCUUGAAUGAUCUUGAGAGACUCCUUACCAUUAAAAGUUCUAAAAUUUCCCAAGACACUGGACAAAAAAACUCUAUCCUACCGAAUCACAGCUUCAUGAAAAAUGACAACUUGGAUCAAUAUUUAGGAGGCACAGCUAAUCAGAGCACUAAUGAACUUCUUACUGCUGCUCACUACGACGAUGAGUAUUACACACUUGUGAAAAUACACUGGAUGCAGGCACAUUUAUUUGAAAUAAAAAGGGACUAUCUAGGGUCCAUAAAUAUCAUCAACAUAAUAAUGAAAGAAAUCGAUGUGAAAUAUGGAAAGAACAAUCCUAUUUAUGAUGAAUGUAGCAAGAAGAAGGGAGCAGCUAUUCUUAAGCUUAGCCAUAGUACAAAUAAACAGUCUGGAUACAGUGACCUUUCUACAAAUUCCCGAUCAAGUAUGAACAACACUUCUAUUAAGAAAAGAUUGGUGUCUCCAUCUGGGUCUUCAUCUCGGAAGAAGUUAAGAAGAUAUCCAACUGAUACGACUUAUAACAGCUCAAGAAGGAAGACCAAGAAGAUGGAAGAUUUUGAUAAGCUUAAUAAGGAAGCUACUAGGCUGAUUGAGAGAUCUAUCUGAAAAUAAUCUGAAUAAACACAGAACUGAGAUUACUCCUCAAAGAGAGAUUCCAGUGAGUAAGAGACUAGAUCUUUCAAAUUCAAAAGUGAGAAAGCUCAAGCUUAAGAAAAGUGUAUGGGCGUCAAAGCUCAGCAACAGUAAUGUCCAGUAUAGUCUCCAGCCUCAAAGGGGCAAAAAUAGGACUAGAUCAAACAAAAGAUCUGCGAAGUUAACUCGAGGACCUUCUCUAAGAAUGAGUGGAACUGAUAAAACUAGUUGGAUACCAAACUGCUACAAUAGCCUAAGUUUACAAAUUCCAUUAGACAAUAACAAGAAUCCCAAGACAGAUUCUGUAGGAGGGACUGAUAAGUCAGUAGUUUCCUUCAACGACAAGGCUAUCACACUAGGUCAUACUCCUCAAGUUCCUUCAUUUCACAAGUACUCUAACGACUCAGUUGGACUCUUAUUCAGUAAAUCCAAAAAGACAUAACUAAUUUUCAAUCAGGAGUUGCC